GUUUUCAUUUGCGCGCUUGCUGUUUGAGGUUGCUGUGAGGUUUUGUAGCCUCACCAAGUGUUCCCUCAAAGUCCUCAUGUGAAUGCACACUACACGGUAUGCAAUGGAGUGCCCCGCAACAAAGCAGCGGCACUCAGCGGCUGGCGGACUAGUUGUCACAAGGUCACAGCAGCUUCCGGGCCUUCAGGGACUACCUCAGGAGAUAGUCACAAGAAUACUGACUCCGGUCCUUAGCAGUGGCCGUGGCGCGUACGCAUCAUGCCGGGACUUCCGCGACUUCUUGCUUUCUCAAUUGUCGUCGACUGAGGGCGCAGCGCACUACCUCCUGCACCGGUGCGGUAGCGAUAAAGCUGUCGUUGCCAUUUAUGGAGAGUAUUCUGGUCUCUUGCAGUUUUUGGUGCGACUGGACAUCAGCGCUCGGCGGCAGCCGGCCGCACAAGGCCCAAGCAGUAGUGCCGCUGAGCCUGAGCCGGCCCCCGUGCCGGGGCCCCCGCCGCACGCCCCCCUCCCGCUCCCGCCGCUGCUAACCCCGGCGAGCGACCUGGACUUCGCGGCACCUCUUGACAUCCUGGAUUGCGAGGAAGCAGAGCAGCUUGCAUGGAUCGAUGCGGAAGACAAGCUCGCGCAACAGCUGGUGGAAAAGCUCGUUUCGUUGCACGCCGUUGUCAACUUCAAGCAGCUCCUCUCGAGGGCGUGCGCCGCAGGCCACAUCCGCCUCGUUCAGCGACUCCUGUCAGGCGACCUGCAGCUUUCGCUGCCAGCAGGCAAGGCGGCGGCGCCGCCGCCGCCAGCGCCAAUGCUGCUGGCGCCGCAGCAACGGACCUGCAGCAUGGAUCUACCAUGGACGUUUCUGGCGGCGUGCUACACGGAGACGCUGAAGCAAGCCCGCCACGCUGGCCGCUGCAUGGAGGUACUGCAGCUACUGCGGUGGAUAAUCCAGGAGCAGGAGGCACCGCAGCAGCCGGCGGUUGACCGCAAUAACAGCAGUAGCAGCGGCGCCGGCGACAACGGCGACGACGGAGGUGCCGCUGCUGGUGCUGGCGGCAGCGAUGGCAGUGGCGGCGGUAGCAGCAUUGGCCGUGGCGCAGACCUUCAACACAUGGAAAGGCAGUCGCUGGCCUCAAACACACACCAUCCGCGCGUGGUGCUGGGGCUGGUGCCGUUGCUGGCACGCGCAUGGGCCCCUGGAGCCGCCGCCGGCGCCGGCGACGCCGCCGGAGCAGCCGGAGCAGCGGGAGCUGCAGGAGCUGCUGUCGACGCUAUGGCAGCCGGUCCCUCUACGUCCGCCUCAUCAUCAGGCACCGCCGCCAUGCUGCUGCCUGCUGCUGCUACUGUUGCAGACCGGCUGGCCCCCUGGAGUGUGUGCUGCCGCCGCCAUCCCCAGGAAGCCGCGGCCCUGACGGCGGGGGCUGCUGAGACCUGGCGGCUGAUGACCAGCGCGGCCGCCGCGGCGGCGGAGGCGGCGGCGGGGUCGACGGCGGGGUCGGCGGGGGCGCCAGAGACACCGCCGACAGCGACAGGAGGGCUGCUGGGCAGCGGCAGUGCCGCCGCCGCCGCCAGCCCCGGGCCCGGUGACGGCGGCGGGCCCGAUGACGAUGAAGGGCACUUGGGCGCUGCUGGCAGGAGGGCAUCGGUGUGGCGGCAGCUUAUGCGGAAGGCCACGACCGUGUGGGGCUAUCGGCGGCCGCUGCGGCUGGCAGUAGCAGUAGCAGGGGUGGCAGUAGCAGUAGCACGGGUGGCUGUAGCAGCAGCCCCUGCUGCGUCUCCCGCCUCCUCGCCUGACGCCGAUCUGGCGGUGACUGCUGCUGAUGCUGCUGAUGCGGCAGCCGGCGGUGCUGCUACCGCCCCGGCCGCUCCCGACGGGCUGCAGGUGCAGCAGGCGGCGCAGGCGGCAGCGGCCGCUAGCGCCCUGCAGCAGCGGCAGCAGUGGGUGAUGAUGGCUGCACAGGUUCUGAGGGAGGCGGUGGCCCUGGGUAACGCCCGCCUUGCCAAGGCGCUGCUGCACUCGGGCCUGCCAGCCCCCGCCGAUGCGGCCACGACGGUCCUGACCGCCAGUGGCGACCGCAGCAGUGAGGAGCUGGUGCGCUGGUUCGUCCUGCGCCGUGACACGCCCCUGCCCCAGCAGCCGACCCAGCAGCCGCCGCCGCCGCCACAGCAGGGCAAUGCCUCGCAGGAGCAGCGGCAGCCGCGCCAUGAGCAGCAGCUGGAGCAGCCGCAGAAGCGCCAGCAGCAGACGCCACCAGCCCAGCAGAUAAUCCCAGCAUCCCACGGUGGCAGCAGCAGUAGCAACGGGAACGGGAUCGGUGCGCCCAGCAGCAGCAGCGGCAGCGGCGUCUGCGCUUGCGGCGCUGCGGACAGCAGGCGGCAACGUGCGUGUGUGCCGCAUGAGGUGGUGGAGGGGUUCAUGUCAGAGGGGCUGGGCGCGACAUCGCUACAGCUCUUGAUCACAGAAGCAUUGGACCGCGGUUGGUCCGAUGACAGCGUCUUGGGGCUCAUGGCGCUGCACGUGGCAGUAGCGGCGGCAGCUGCGGCACCAGCAAAGAAGGAGAGCUGGGAUCAGCGCUUGGGAGUUGCGGCGGCAACAGAAGCUGUGGCAGCCGUUGCAGCCUCUGUGGUGGGUGCAGCAGCCACGUCAGCGGCCGCGGCGGCAAUGGCAGCGGCCGGAGCAGCUCUGAGUUCGGCGAUCGGGGCUGCGGUUGGCGACACGACAAGGGGCGGCGGCGGCGGCGGCGGCGGUGGCCCCGGCGGCAGCAGAGGCGCCAGCAGUUGCGCGGCGGCUGGUGCUGCUGUGCCUCUGGAAGUUGCAGCAUGGCUGCGGAAGCGUUUCCUGCAGGCUACAAGGAGCGGCCGCAACGGUAUGGUGGUUGCGAUGACGGCACGCGGCUGGAUCCAACCUACCGACCUCGAGCCUGGCCACCUGUGUGCGCUGGCAGCGGCGGCGGGCGGCGCAGGCGCCAGCGCCGGUGCAGCAGACGGCGGCGGCGGCGCAGCUUACGCUGCUGGUGCUGACGCAUCAGCAGCAACAGCAUUAGCAGCGGCCGAGUCGGUGGAGAUACUGCUGCGUGUGGGCGGAGGCGGCGUGUACGGAGCGGGCUCGCGCGCGUGCCAUGACGCGCUGAUGCACGCAAUCUGCCGCGGGCCGCCGGCGCUCCCAACAAUCCGAGUGCUGCUGCGGCACGGCGUGGUGCCCACAGCGGCUCACCUCGCCGCGGCAGCCUUGGCGGGGGCUGUUGCAGCCUGGGACGGCUUGUCCGCUGCAGCCGUCACGGCCGCAGCAGCCGCCAUUGAAGCUGCUGCUGCCGCUGCCACAGGUUCAGCUGGCACCAUGAUGCAGCUACAGCCGUCCCAGCCCUGGGUGUUGCUGACUCACCUCCUGCUUCUGCACACGCCACACAAAGGCGCGCACAGCUCCGACGUUGCGGCUGCCGGCGCCAGUAGCAUCAUCUGCGGCAGCAGCAACCGCGUUGGCAGUAGUAACAGCAGUAGUGGAGGCGGCGGCUGUGGCGGCUGUAGCGAGCUAGCUGCCAUCAGGGCAGGCGGGCUGUCGGACAUCGUUCUGGAGGCGUUGGGGAUGCUACUGCCGCCGCCGGCAGUUGGCUCCUCCGCGGGAGGCGUUACUACUCAAGUUUCGUUUGGCCCGUGUUCGUUCCGUGCCGUCGUGCCCUUCUUGAGGCUACCGGAACACCUCAAGCCGGUUAUGAUUGUCAGGGGUGACGCCAGGGGCGUCCUGAGGAUAGCACCAAACCCCAGGACUGACGACGAUGCUUUGGCUGGUUGGGCGUGGGAGCGCCCUCUGGGCCGCGCGGCCGCCUCGUUUCUAUCUCGGGCGCUUGCUUGCCUUGACACCAAGCGAUGGCAGGCGUUACAAACAGCCACGUUGAUGGGAGCUCCUGCUGCUGCUGCUGCUGGCAGCCCCGCCAGCAGCAGCACCGCCGCCCCGCCAAUGGCAGCGGCGGUGUCUGCUGAGGCAGCAGUGCCAGUGCUUGCGGCCGCCGCACAAGCAACAGUGUCCCUCACAACAGCAGCAGCCUCCCCGGCAGCGGCCCCGGCAGUAGUGCCCACAGAAGCUGCUGCUAAUGCGACGGAGGAUGGGAUGCGGCUGCACCUGGCGGCGGCGAGGCUCCGAGCGGUGCUUUCGAGUCUACAUUUGGAAGACGUCAGGCCAGGCAACAUCAGGCGUCUAAGCCUGGUGCCAUCCAUACGCAUAUGGCGCGAGCACGCACCCUCCGACUACAGCUCUGCCCUGUGGCCGGAGCUGCUGCCGCUGCUACAGCCGCCUACCAGCAGCAGUAGCAAUGGCAGUAGCACCGGGAGACCUGGCGGUGGUGGCGGCGGCGAGGCCCCCGCGGCUGGCGGUGCGGCUGUAGCAGCGGCGGCCGCGUACAUGGAGCAUCAGGCUCAGUCGCGGUCGUUGCAGCAGGCACUGCCGCUCCUGCUAGCGGCCAGUGCUACAGCCAUCGUUGUCGGAAGCGGGCCGCCGGAGCGGUUUCGUCCACCGCCGGGGGCUGUUGGAGGCGCAGCUGCGCCCGGCGAAGCCGCCGCCGCCGCAGCAGCAGGUGGGGCGGCCGCUGGCGGUGCCGCCGCCGAGGCUGGUGGCGGCCAAGUGCAACAGCAGCCGCCACCACAGCCCAAGGUCCCUAGGGACUUUCUUCGCAUGAAUUACUUCGGCUUGCUUAGUGGCGACGAUGAUGCCGCAGCCGCCGCAGCUAUCCUAGAGGGGUGGGGCAAUGCCCGCGGUGGGAGCGCCGCUGCAGCAGCCGGAGGCGAAGCUGCUGCGGCUAUUGGCGCCGAUUCCGCUGGCAGCACAGCAGCCGGCGGCGCCGGCGCCGGCAGCACUAAACCGCAGGGAAUGACCGCUGCUGCUUGCGCUGCGGCGGCGGUGGCGGCGGCGUUGCGCCGUAUGCGCGGCGGGUUUGGUACGACUGGAGGCGGUGGCGGUGGUGCCGGCGCUGGCGAUGGCGACAGCAGGUACCCCUACGCCGCGUGCUCAGCUCGGGCUGCGGCUGUGGUGCGUGUCCUGUGUGAGGCGAUGGCAGUAACAGCCGCAGGCGGCGACGGUGGCCGAUCUAGCCGGUCGCCCAGCAGCCCGCUACUGCCGCUGUUGCGCGGCAGUAGCAGCCAGCGGUGCGAGUACCUAGCGGAGAUGCUGCUACUGCCGGCCCUGGAGUGGACGCUGCUAAUGCCGGCGGGUUUUGGGGCGCCGGUGCCGUGCCCAAGUGGUGCAGCAGCGGGCGGCGUGGGCGCUGGGCGUGAGGCUACUGAGGUUGAGCGUGGCAGCGGUGAUGCCGGCAGUAGCAGCUGUCAGCCAUUGCUGCUGCCAAUCCAACGGCUGCGGCUGUUGCUGGUCAUGGCACGUGGCGUGCUGGCGGGUGUGUGUGGUGCAUCGGCAGCAGGAAAUAGCGUCGGCAGUAGCAGCAGUAGCCUCACGCUGGCUUCGGUGCUGACACCGGCGCGGCUGCAGCCGCUGCUGCGACGCGUGUGCCGCAGGUACAUCUCCCUGGGUGAAGGCGAGCGGCUGGGUGAGCUGCUGGACGUGCUGAGUCAGGAUCUGUACGGCACUGUACACGGCAGUAGCAGCAGCUGGGGUGCCAGGGGCAGUAGCAGCGCCCUGCGGCACAACCUCCCCGCAGUGGGGCCACUCCUCUCACCGGACGCCGUUGUUACAGCUUUUGAGCUGGCUGCUGCUACAGCUGCUGCCACAGCCGCAGCUGCUGCCAAAGCUGCCGCUGCCGCCGCUGCCGCUGCCGCUGCUGCUGCCAUCAAUGGUGCAGUGGCGGUGGUCUCUGAUGGCGGCACCACCAGCGCAACUGAGGCGCAUGCGGCUGCCAGCAAUCAGAGCGCGGUGGCUGCGAUAGGCCAUGUGGGUCGGCAUGCAGUGGCCGGGGGCACACUGCGCCCUCAGGAGCUGGAGGCCGCUCUGGGCAUAGCAGUCAGGUCCGAGCAGUGGCAGGUUGUGCAGGCACUGUUGCGUGCGGGUGCCGGCUCAGUCGCCUUCCGCCAGCGCCUGCUGCACCUGCUGCAGCAGGAGGUGGCCACACCACCACCAUGCCCACUACCACCACCAUCAUCAUCGAGGACAACAACAGCAGCAGGUGGUGCACGCACUGCCGCCACAAAGGCCGCUGCAUCCAGGGCUGUCGCCGCCUAUAAUGCCGCCUGCAGCAAAAGGGCCAGCAUUGCAGAGACGGCGGUGGUGCUCUCAGCGGCGCUGCAGCAGGAGGAGGCCAGCGGUGGUGGCGUUGGCACCGAUGGCUGGGGCAGCGGUGGUGAAGAUGGUGGUGAAGAUGGUGGUUGUGGCAGCAACGGCAGCGGUGGCAGCUAUGGUGGUGGCCGUGGUGCUGGUGGCGGUGGCAGUGGCGGCAGAAUGCUGACUGGUGAAUCUGCAGCAGCGGCAAGGGUGGCAGGGGGCAGCGGCGGCUGGCGCUGGUGGUAGGUUACUGGUGAAAACCCAGGAGGCAGCGCUUGCUUUGUGACAGCAGCAGCAGUGGUGGCAGUAGCGGCAGUAGUGCUUGCCAUGCCACUUUAAUAAAAACCACUUAUUUGGGGUUGUCAGGUUCUGCUGCUGGUGCUUGGGCUGCCCACACCAUGGCUACUGCUACUGUUGAGGCUGCUACUGCUGGUGUUCACUCCCCGGUGUGGUGCUGAAGCAGCUGGCAAAACCAGCACUGCCCAGCUGUGGCCAGGCCUUGCACCUUCGGGGAGCGCCAAAGAAUUGCCCCCAAUGUAGGCCCUUGGGCAAGAAGACUGGGCAUUUCUCUGGGU